AUGGGAAUCUUCAACAAGAACAGCAAACCCAGGGCUGCCACCGAAGCCAAUGGCCCCAACCAUCCCCAGCAGAGUACUACAAAUGUCUCAGAUGCCUACGACACUGCUCUCGAAGACGAAACCUACGACUUAUCACCAACGUCCUCCGUGGCCCAAUCUGUGGCGUUGUCGGAGGCAGAGACCUUGCUCCAGGACAAACCCAAGCACACUGAGCUCCAGGAGUCGUUUGACGCCAAUUUGACCCAUUACUACCCGUUUGUGCUACGCAAAGCUCGGCUCGAGGCCCAGAAAGAGACCAUCAAACAGAUGCUCGCCAAGCAAGGCGUGCCACAAGAGGAAGAUGACGAUGCCAGCGGCUCGGACGACGCAGCCACCAUCUUGAACGACGACCAUGUUCUCGAGGGCAUCCAGAUCAUGAACAAGCCAACAUCGGUGUUCAAUGCCAAGAGAGAGUUGGUGAUAGUGCAGGAGCUCCUCAAGAACAACUGCUAUGUGUUCACGUCCGAGACGUCGUUCGAGAAGUUCAAGGACCUCAGGCGAACGAAAAAACUCGGCAAGGACCAGUCCAUCAUCUGCGAUUCAAACAACAAGUACCGGAGAGUUGCCAAUUCUGAGCUCGCCAAAUUGUCCGGGUACACUAUGGACUCCAGAACUCAUAUAAUCCCCCCAGAAUCCAAGGAGCUAGGCAUAGGCUUGCCUCUAUUCAAAAUCCAGGUUCCGUACUUGAAUUUUCGAAAAAAUGCCCCCCACAUGACAUUCAGACGGUACCGUGAAGUCCCGUUGCGACCUCUGGAUGUGGAAGCAAACGUGAGUGAAAACGAGGAAGAUUACGAGACGUAUCCGUUCUGCAUGGUUUACUCCAAAUUCGUCCACCACGUUCGAAGAUUUCUCUUUCUGUUCUGCGACGAGCAGGGUCAGACCAAGUUCAAAAUCGUAUUGUUCCUGAACCUUGAAAAACCGUUCAGUGAUUUCAAUUAUAAGGGCACCAGAUUCAGAGUCACAGGAACAUCCGUGCUUGCUGGAUUCAAUGCCACCAGACCCAGUUUCAAGCUCUUGAUUCUCGACGAUGACAUGCCCUCUUUAUGUGACAAUAUUGAAGAUGGAAAGCCAGGAUUUGAGAUUCUGAAAAUUAUAAAAAGAAAGGGAAGCACCGAUGGAGAACAGCCAGCCAAAGAACCACAAGCUGUUGAGGUAGAGGACCCCACCCAAUUCAUCAAUCCUAUCCCAAGUCCUACGAACCCAUUGAUUACAGACGAACGGUCGGGCAUCAGCUUCCAUGGUUUGGCGAAGCACAUCAGCAAUAACUUACCCCCGUUUGGAACUUUCAGCGAAUCUUCACUCUCCCGAGCUUCGAAAAUCAUCCCCAAAAAGUUUAGUGAUGCUGGUAAAAUAGAAUUGUACCAGGACUUUGCAAAUCAUACCGAUAAGGACUCUACUUUGCUCGUUGAUGAGGAUACGUUGGUCUUGAGCUGUAUCAUAUCCACAUUAUGGGAGUAUCCAUGA